AUGUGUGAGACGUUUAAAAAUUAUUCUCUAAUAGAUAAUGCUAUUCCUUGGGAAGAUUCAAAUUUAUCGCGUUGGAAUAUUACGAGUUUCCUUUCUUAUAAUCCUUAUGAUGAUAAUAAUCCUCACGAUGAAUUGAUUAAAUAUGAUAAACACCUAAGGAAUUCCCCAGACAUGAAGAUGAUUAUUUAUUUUCUGGAUUAUUUAAUAAUUAAUUAUGGAUCAUAUCAAAGUAGUUUUGGUCUUUAUGAUGGAUUUAAUUCUUACUAUGGUAUAGUAGGUACUGCAACCAUUAAUAAUACGAAUAUGUCAUUUCCACUCGUUACUCCUGUUGCUGCAGCUAAUAAUGAUAUAAAUUUUUUCAGUACCAGUUAUUUAAUUAUUAAUGAAGGAAAUAAGAGCCCGGAAUCUAUAUGUCGAGCAUCGAUACAAAAUUGUUUCGUAAAUAAUAUAGUAAAUUUUCCCUUUACUAAAAUUGAUAUAAAUGUAUCAUUCGCAUAUAAUUCUGUUGAAUUCUCUGACUUUUUAAAUGCCACUUUCAAUAUUAAUCCUGGACUUCAAGUAUAUGUGUGUGAAUAUGUUAAGAGCAAUAAUAUUUCUUAUGAUUGGGCUCCAAAAUUUAGUGUAAUAACACUUAUCUUUAUUUCUACAUUGGAAUCGCUUAAAGCUUUUGUCGUUAUUCAUGCACAAUAUAUUUUGAAUGCUCAACAAAAUAGUCUUAUAGUAUUCUCUAGCCAUUCACCCCUUAUACUUAUCUAUUUAUUGUUUUCUCUUAUAACUUGCGAGUUUGGAGUUUGGUUCAUACGUAGAUAUGUUUUAGUUUUCAGAGAUCUUAAAGAUACAAAUUACCUUCAACUUUUUGGUGAUUUGUUAUUACACUCAUUACCAAUGCUGGUAUUAACAAUUCAAAACAUUAUAUAUCAUAUUAAUAGUAAUCACCACUAUCUUUCGAUUAUUUCAAUUCUAUCCUUUGUGGGUAAUUGUAUUAUGAUGUUUAUAAACGUUUUUCGUCUGUAUACUACUAACAAGUCAAUAAGGGAAGCUCAAAAUUUUGACGAAGUAGCAAAUCACUAUGAUGAACUUCAACAACCAAAACAAAGGUUGCUUAUAUUUGCCUUAAUAGACUGUGGCAUUAAUAUCUUUCCUCUGGUUUUUAUGAUUUCUCUGAUAGUGCAAGGAUUUAUUAGUGCCUUUAUUUUUAUAAUUCCACUUAUGGUAGCUCUUGCCAAACUAGUGGUUUGUUUUUCUCAAUUUUAUACUUCUCGUUUUCGAAAACCAUUAAAAUCUCCGAUAGUUUUUUCCAUAGCUAUGAAUAGCCCCUUUCUUUUUUUUUGUAUUAAUUCUUUACCUAUUCGACAAUUGGUUACCAUAACAGCUUCUAGUGGCAUCAAUAUCUGGUCAUGUUGGCCGCUAGAUUUUGUGAGUGUUGAUAUACCUAUUUUAGUGACCCUAGUUCUUAUGAAUAUAUUCAGUUAUGGAAAUAGUAAGGAUGUCACUCUUCUUCAAAAUAAUUAUGUGUUAGUCAUUCUGGUUACAUUUUAUUUAAUAUGGAGAAUUAUUUCAGGCUUUUGGUAUUUAAGUAUCAGUUUAUCUAUUAGAGCUGGAAACAAUAAUGAUAAUCAUGAUUUGUCAAUCGAAACAACUAAGCCACCUACUUUGUUUAAUGCAUUCAAAUUAAGCUCACCUAUCUGUGGUAUUCUUAUUUAUACUCUACUCAAACUUGGCAUUUGGGUAAUAGGAUUGCGAACUAUUAUUAGCAUGAUUUUCAUGCCAGAGCCAGAUCCAAAAAUUCUUGUCGUAUUAUCACCAAAAAUUCUUAUGGUACUUGGUUUAAUUAUUUAUCUUAGCCUCGAUUUUAUUGGUUCCUUGGUGUUAUUAAUUUCAUACUAUGGCCCUUUUUCUAUACAAACUUUGACAUUAUAUGUCAAUUCAUCUUUCUUGAUAUUUUUUUAUACUUUGCUUGGUCAUCAAUUUCGUGUCAAGAUUUUUACUGCUAUAAAUGAUAAUGGGAAUAGAUUGCUUAUAUGGAAAUUACGUGAUUUAGUAUUAAGCAGUUCAUUGCUUCUCAUAUGGCCUGGAUUAGGGUUUGGAUAUAAAUCAUAUGAAGAUCAUUAUAGGUAUACAUGGUGGUAUUGGUAUGGUUGGGGAUCUGAUGCAGAAGAGAUCAGAACAUAUCGAUCUAGAAAUUAUACUGAUGAAACUUCAUGGAGCAUUU